AUGAGCUUAAUUUUUAUGGCUUUGUUUGCGGGUGUUGGAGCUGCUCGUAUGAUAAGUGGUGGUGAUUAUAUUGAUCAAGAUUUGAGGGUAGAUGAUAUUUUUCCUUUGGCUUGUUUACCAUUGUAUGUAUUCCUGUUCAUUGUUGCUAUUCAUGGAUCAUCGGGGAUUAGUAUUGUUCAGGAACAAGAAGAUGGCACUGAUUUGAUUGUUGAGACGAAUGAAUCUAACGUCAGUGGUUAUACCACUGCUUCUCCAAUCUCCAAAGCAAUGUGGCGAUGGAUGAAUCCUUUACUGAGUAAAGGUACAUUCAUUAUGGUUGAUGCACUGCAGCUUGGAGUUUCUUUGGUUCUUCUCUAUGCUUAUACAGGUGGUGCAAUGUUAGUAUCAGUGUUUGCCAUUGUAUCCGUGAUCGUGUUAGCAAUUAGGAUUGCUUGGAAAAACAAUGAGUACCAGUUCAACCUUAUGAUGAACCGUGACUCUAGGAUAAAGACAACCAAUGAACUGGUCAACAACAUGAGGGUCAUCAAAUUUCAAGCAUGGGAACAUUUCAUUGUUAUAGCAGCUCUUACAUUUGUCGUUGCGAUUGCUAUGCACAUUCCACUUGAGGCUGGGACGGUUUUCACAAUAACAACUAUUUUGGAAAUCUUACAGGAGCCCAUUAGAACCUUCCCACAAAAUCUUGUGCCAAUUUCUCAGGCAAUGAUUUCACUAGAGAGGUUGGAUGGGUAUCUAACAAGUUACAAGCUCGAUACUAAAACAGUGGAAAGGGAGCAAGGAUGUGGUGAUGAAUUAGCAGUGGAAAUUUUGGAUGGUACUUUUUCAUGGGAAGAUGAAGGGAAAUCCUCUUUAUUAGCAGCUGCCCUUGGUGAACUUCACAAAUCUUCUGAGAAUGUCAGAGUUUGCGGGAACACUGCAUAUGUGUCACAAACCUCGUGGAUACAAAAUGAAACUAUCCAAGAAAACAUCUUGUUUGGUUCAAAAAUGGAUAAAAAGAGAUAUAGUGAUGUGCUCAGAGCUUGUUCAUUGGAGAAAGACUUGGAGAUUUUCGAACAUGGUGAUCAAACUGAGAUUGGAGAACGUGGAAAAUCUAAUGUUAAUGUGGCUUUGCAGGAAUGUGUACGAGGAGCCCUGAAAGGCAAGACCAUUUUACUGGUAACUCACCAGGUUGACUUCCUGCACAAUGCUGAUCUAAUCAUGGUGAGAGGAACUGUGGAAGUUCUACGACUAGGACUGCAAGGAGCAUUUACUUAUGAUCUCUAUUAUUAUGUGACCUCGUACAAUGUUUCUUCAUUAAGUGAACCUUUCUUGGAUUUAAGCAAACUUAUCAUCGCUACCAUUUCACUAAUUAACCUUGUUUCUCAAGUAAUGCGCGACGGUAAGAUUGUGCAAUCUGGAAAGUAUGAAGAGCUUAUUGAAUCUAGAAUGGAUUUUGGCUCGCUUGUAGCUGCUCAUGAAACUUCUGUAGGCAUUGUGGAGAUGAUAACAAACCAAUAUGAACAACAACCAAACUCGCCUCACCCCAUAACACCUAAAUCCCCACAAAAUCCACCUGGUAAAAGUGAUGCUAAUGGUGAAAACAGGUCUUUUUCAGAGCUAUCCAAUGCUGAUAACGGAAACCCCAAACUCAUUGAAGAUGAGGAGAGGGAAAUUGGACAAGUUAGUAUAGGUGUCUGCAAACAAUAUUGCACCAUUGCAUAUGGAUGGUGGGGAAUAGGAGCAGUCCUCAGUUCAUCUUUGAUUUGGCAGUUAUCUCUGAUGGCAAGUGAUUACUGGUUAGAGUAUGAAACUUCAACAGCUCGCACUUUUAAUGCUUCGUUGUUCAUACAAGUUUUUGCGAUCAUAGCAGUGAUAUCAUGCAUUCUGGGGGGACUCAGAAUGUUUCUUCAAACAUUAUUGGUCUCAAAACAUCUGAGUUUUUUCGAUCAAAUGCUUGAAAGUGUCCUUCAUUCUCCCAUGUCCUUCUUUGAUACUACUCCAUCUGGAAGGAUAUUGACCAGAGCAUCAAAUGAUCAGUUCAACAUUGAUGUACUGAUCCCUUUGUUCUUGGGUCUCACCCUUGCAAUAAUAUGUUGGCUUGUCUCUUUCAUAUGGCUUGCCACUGAAUGUUGUGCUAUCACUAUAUACAUGAGCUAUUUAGUUGAGAACCGAAUGGUUUCAGUUGAGAGGAUAAAACAGUUCACAGUUAUCCCUUCAGAAGCACCGUGGAGAAAUCCCAACUUUUUGCUAUCAUCUGACUGGCCAAACCAUGGUGAUAUUGUAGUAAGCAACUUACAGGUAAGAUACAGAUGGAAUACUCCCCUUGUUUUGAAAGGAAUAUCACUUAGCAUACAUGGAGGAGAAAAAAUUGGCGUUGUUGGCUGGACAGGGAGUGGAAAAUCUACACUCAUCCAGGUUUUCUUCAGGCUUGUGGAACCUUCAGCUGGGAAGAUUGUUAUUGAUGGAGUUGACUUUUCCAAUCUCGGCCUUCAUGACCUUCGAUCUCGCUUAGGAAUCAUUCCUUAA